AAACUUGAAUACUUUCAUAUAUAUGAUGCAAAGCUUUUAUUCGAAGAUGAAGAAGAACCAUGGGAUGAAUACAGACCGCCGGAAUUGGAAUUAUUUAAUGCAACAGAAUUACUGGAAGAAUUGGGAUCAUGUAUACCAAUAACCAUGAGAACUAUUAAAGUUUGGAUGAAUUGGUUAAUUACGAUCGAAGAUAUUGAAGCAUUUGUUUCAAA